GUAUACACACAGGACGGAUUUGGCGCGGCGGUGCUGGCACGGGUUGCGGCGGGCGAGGGCCGAGGCAGUGCUAGUGUGUGGUGGCAGUGUACCCCUCGCGAGUGUCGUUGGCGGUCGCUUAUGUUCUGAUACUCCUCGCCAUGUUUUCCUGGCUCAGUAAAGACGAGAGGAAAAAAUGCCACCUGCAAGCGUGCGAGACCGUGCUGGAGGGGCUGAAGACGGUCUACAAGAACAAGGUGCUGCCCCUGGAGAAGCACUACUGCUUCCAGGACUUCCACUCGCCGCCCCUGGACGACACCGACUUCGACGCCAAGCCCAUGAUCCUCCUGGUGGGGCAGUACUCGACGGGCAAGACCACCUUCAUCCGCUACAUCUUGGAGAAGGACUUCCCUGGCAUCCGCAUCGGGCCCGAGCCCACGACGGACAGCGUGGUGGUGGUGAUGCACUCGGAGCGUGAGGGCGUGAUCCCCGGCAACGCCCUGGUGGUAGACCCCAAGAAGCCGUUCCGCCCGCUCGGCAAGUACGGCAACACGUUCCUCAACAGGUUCCAGUGCUCGCAGCUCAACUCCAACGUGCUCAAGGGCCUCACGGUGGUGGACACGCCGGGCAUCCUGUCGGGGGAGAAGCAGAGGGUCGACAGGGGCUACGACUUCCACGCCGUGCUCGAGUGGUUCGCCGAGCGGGUCGACCGCAUCAUCCUGCUGUUCGAUGCCCACAAGCUCGACAUCUCCGACGAGUUCCGCUGCUUCCUGGAGCGCCUGCGGGGCCAGCACGACAAGAUCCGCAUCGUGCUCAACAAGGCGGACAUGAUCGACCACCAGCAGCUGAUGAGGGUGUACGGCGCCCUCAUGUGGUCCCUCGGCAAGAUCCUCAACACGCCGGAGGUCGAGCGCGUCUACGUCGGCUCCUUCUGGAACCAGCCGCUGCGAUACGACAUCAACCGAUCGGUCCCACAUCGCUUGUUCACCCUCACACUCGGUUCGCGUGGAGCAUCUUCCGUCUCCCACUCGGUUCUCGAAAUACCCAUCCUCAUUAACGGCUGUGAGGUCGCUUCUUCACCCUCAUAG